GCCCACCAGCGGCGCAAGUGGCUUCUUGUCAUUCUCGUGCCUCACAACAGGAAGCAAGUUUCGUCGGCUGCGUGCGACGAGAACCAGAAGUAUCUUUUCGUACAGUAUCGUAUGUACACGUUCUAUCUAUUUCAUUGAUCUCUCCCGCUGCGGAGCGACCUCCAGUUGCAGGAUGCCAGCUCGGCCAGCGUCGAAACACCGGUGACACCGUCGCUAAAGUCUGUGUCAGCAUCUCCGCGCUCCUCAUCGACAUCUCAUAUGCAAUGUCUCAUCGAUCAUGGACUCUCGCAGUGCUGGUCCUCCAGCUUGCUGUCGCCGCCGUGAAUGCAGCGUCGGCCGUCGAGAUCCUCUCGCAGGUCCCGUCGUGUGCUGUGAGUGAUUGUGACAUCAGCCAGGCUUUCGUCGCGCUAAAGCAUCUACCAUCUAGUCUGAGUGCAUCAGCAGCACAUUCAUCACGUCCGCCUGCAAUCCCGAAGACGUGACUACGUGCAUCUGUCUCGACAUUGCUG